GCAGCGCUUCUCACGCAUGCACAGUCCGCAGUCUCUUGGUCAUCCCCUGUACUGUCUGCAGUCUCUGGUCAUCUCCUGUACUAUGUCUGCAGUCUCUGGUCAUCCCCUGUACUGUCUGCAGUCUCUUGGACAUCCCCUGUACUGCCUGCAGUCUCUGGUCAUCCCCUGUACUGUCUGCAGUCUCUUGGUCAUCCCCUGUACCGUAUCCACAGUCUCUGGUCAUCUGUACUGUGUCCGCAGUUUUGGUCAUCCCCUGUCAUGUCCCAGUCUCUGAUCAUCUCCUGUACUAUGUCCGCAGU